AUGAAGUUCGAAGACCUCUUGGCAACCGACAAACAAGUGCAAUUUGCUCAUGCAGCUACUCAACAUUACAAAAGCAUCAAGACUCCAGAUUUCUUGGAGAAAGACCCACAUCACAAGAAAUUUCACAACGCAGAUGGCUUGAACCAACAAGGCUCUUCGACCCCAUCUACAGCCACCGAUGCAAAUGCCGUCUCAACUGCUCCCAGUCACACGAAUACUUCGACAUUCAAAAGACACAUUGUUGCCGUAGAUGAUAUAUCGAAAAUGAAUUAUGAAAUGAUAAAAAAUUCUCCAGGUAAUGUAAUAACGAACGCCAACCAAGACGAGAUUGAUAUAAGCACUCUCAAGACGAGGUUGUACAAGGACAAUCUUUACGCUAUGAACGACAACUUCUUACAAGCUGUCAAUGACCAAAUUGUAACAUUAAAUGCAGCGGAACAGGACCCAGAAACAGAGGACUUUGAUUUAUCAGAUGAUGAAAGAAUUGAUAUACUGACCAAAAUUCAAGAAAACUUACUUGCAGAGUACGAAGAACUUUCACAAAAAGAAAGAAAGUGGUUUAUUUUGAAAGAACUACUAUUGGACGCAAACGUAGAACUUGAUUUGUUCAGCAAUCGUGGCAGGAAGGCAAGCCAUCCAAUCGCGUUCGGAGCAGUAGCCAUACCAACAAACGUUAAUGCGAAUUCACUAGCAUUCAACAGAACGAAGAGAAGAAAAAUCAAUAAGAAUGGUCUUUUAGAAAACAUUCUAUAA